AUGUCUCUUUCAUCGGCCUCCUUACUCACGCUAUGCUUUCUCACUCCUUUCGUUUUUUCAACGUCAAUUGAAUGGAAUUCAAAUCUAGCAUGCCAAAUAUUAGCAUCAAAGAUAAAUAACAGAGUAUUCUUUCCGGGGGGCGCAGAAUAUAAUGCCUCCGUUUUUUCUUAUGCUUAUGUCCAGCAGCAGAUUCUGAAGCCCUCUUGCAUCGUCAAGCCCUCGGAUUCUGCUGAGGUAGCCACAACGUUAAAAGCGCUACGAAGGUCACCGGCGACUCAAUUUGCUAUCAGAAGCGGGGGCCAUGGCACGAAUGGAGGAUUCUCGAACAUCGACAGCGGUGUCACAGUGGAUAUGACUUCAAUACAUGGUGUUGAUAUCCUUGAAGAUGGUAUUACUGCUUCAAUCGGCACCGGAGCCUUGUGGGGAGAUGUAUACGCCGUCCUGGAUACCCACAAUCGUUCGCUAAAUGGAGGCAGGGCUUCUGGGGUCGGUAUCGGCGGCUUUCUUUCGGGAGGUGGAAUUGGGUUUUUUGCACUUCAAUAUGGCUUUGGAUGCGAUGCUGUAGUGAACAUGGAAGUCGUUCUAUCAAGCGGUGAUAUCAUUAACGCCAAUGCGACAUCGAAUCCGGCGUUGUUCAAAGCGUUGAAAGGUGGUCAGAAUAACUUCGGAGUUGUCACACGAUGGGAUAUUACGACAAUUUCUAAAGGUGAAUUUUGGGGCGGCAGUAUCGUCUAUCCCAAUUCAACAACUGCCAAACAGCUAGAAGCUUUUACACAUUGGAAGACUCCCGAGAACUUCGAUCCCUCGUCUUCGGUAGAGCAGAGUCAUGUAUACAUUGAACCUCUCCAAACAUUUCUUGUCUCGAACAGCAUCUUCUACACGAAGCCCCGAGAAUUCCCAUUGAAUUUAAAGAAUUAUACCGAUAUUCAACCUCAGAUCUCCAGUACACUUCGUAUUUCCAAUGCCACGGACUUCUCAUAUGAAGUGCAAUCAUUUAGUACUCCGAACCAGAGCUCGAUCUAUGCUACGACGACUUUUAGAAUGUGCCCGACAAUUAUCAAGAAGGUGCAUGCUAUUUGGAAAGCAUAUGCUGAGAAACUACCACACAAUGCGACUAUCACAUCAUCUCUUACUUUGCAAUCUAUCCCACCUCCAGCUACAGACCCGACUAAGCUAAACAGCUUGGGCUUUGAUCCAGCAUCAACUCCUCAAAAAGAUCUGGUCUUAGUUCUGAUAUCUAACUUCUGGGAAAAUCCUGAAGCCGGUGCACAGGUACGAGGUUCUGCUGCCGACUUCAUUAACGACGUGGACCGUAUUGCGGAGGAAGAGGGUGUUGCUCACAAAUUUAGAUACAUGAAUUAUGCAGAUGCAGAUUUUCAGCAACCAUUACACACUACUGGCCAAUUGGACGAUCUGAGGAAAGUGGCGCUGGAGUAUGAUGCAAUUGGAAUGUUUCAACGACAAGUAACGGGAGGAUGGAAACUGUAUCCAUGA